AUGGGAGCUCUCUGCGAACUCAUUGAUGCCAACGUGCGCAUCUUGGGACUUUUGAAGAAACAGUUCAUUACCCACGAGGAAUCGAAUAGCUCUUAUUACAAGCGACAGAACCCGAGCGUGCUACGCAGUCUCGAGGCAGAAAACUCGGUCCUUCAAGAAAUGCUAGGAGCCCUAGAAACAACUCUAAAGUCCCAAGAAUCUGCUCUCUGCAAGACCUUGGAUGAUGUAAAACAAGUUCGAACCAGAGUCUCCACGUCCUGCUGCUUCAUAAACAGGCUUCCCAACGAAAUCUUGACGGAAAUUCUAUGCAAAGCAAGUAGAUAUGAUGGCUCCAUCUACAACAAGUUCGAUUUAAAUGUCAACUUUGCCCCUCACUUUUCACUCCGGCUUUCCCAUGUCUGUCGGCGUUGGCGAGCCGUAGCCAUCUCCUCGCCAUCUCUUUGGACGGAGAUUAAACUCUGUCCCGGGUCCUAUCAGAUUCUAUUACAGGGAGAGUUUUGGCAAAGCCUCUCCACCUACGUCCGCGACGCACCAAUGAACAUCUCAAUCACCGACAGCGAGAUUUGUACCGAAUUGGUGCUGGCUCGGGGGUAUCACUGGGACGAUGAGAUGUCUUAUAGUGACGUUGUAGUCAAGUGCUAUCCAGAUGGCGCUAUUUCGCACAUGCAAAGCUACGAUCUGCGAACGUUCAAGACAAUCAACUCCAUCACACUCGACUUCCAUUUCGAACCCGACCUUGUAUCUCUCUUGAACUCGGAGUAUCAAAACUUGGAUUGUCGCUGCCACACACUGCGAGUCGCGCCCACUUAUCGCAGCCGCGGAGUCGACAUUUUAGAGGUCGAUUUGAGCGUUCUGCUCUACCACUUCGACGCCGAGGUGGUUGAAUGCAUAAAAACGCGCAUUUUGGUCCCAAGCGAGGGUAGCUACGGUCGGGGCGUUACAGAGAUUCGCUUCACCGAGGUAAAGGCCGUCCCUCUAGAUCAGCUUUUGAUGGCCUUUCCGGAGAUUACUGCUUUAUGCUGCACUGACUGUAAUCUGGAGUGGCAGAGGACGGACAUAACGGUCCAUGCCAAGCUCAGGAGACUGGAACUAGAGCGAUCUACGGGCUCUAUGCAAUGCCGCUGGAUGAAUUAUCUUCAAUGCCCUGCGUUGGAGGAGCUACAUGCAUCCGAGUGGGCAAAUGAAGGAGCCUUCAUCAACUUUAUCGCUCGUUCCCCUCGUAUUAGAACAUUAACUUUGUCUGGGCGUGACGAAAAAUCUCUCUGGGGGCUUGCGGGUCGUAUUACGCGGAUCAACCACGCAGUUCACGACUGGAGGCUGUAUCGUCAAAUGAAGGUACCUCCCCCUCCCCCCAAGUGGUACCCUAUACCCCCUGAUUACUCGUCCGAGAGCAGUUUGCGCCUCGUCUUUCGCCGCGGGUCAUUGGCACUCGACUUGGAACCGUCUCAGUUUGAUAUAGUUGGAGGACGAAACAUUGUCGAGUCACCCUCAGGGACUUCACUACCGCUGUCUUGA